AUGAACACAGAAGAGUUAAAGGAAGCCAUUAAGAGAAUUGGGUAGUGUUAAUAAGAGUAAGUUGAAUGUAGUAGCAAUAGGUCUUAAUAAGAUUUGGAGAUUGUGUGGCAACAAAUCUAACACCCUGUGGGAUUGGAUUUAUUGUAUCAAUGUGCAAAGAACGUAAUCGAAUUCAGACAAUACACAAUGUAUUGGAAAGUAAGUAUCAUCUUAUUAUGGAUAGUCUGCGAAUAAAAUCUUGAUGCACAUAGUGAAGGUGUGUUUAAAUAAUCGGGAUCAAUUGAAAGCUUGGGAGACACUUCGUCUAACCAUAGAUCCAGACAAGCAUUUCUACAAAUGUCAUGAGUUAGUCUAGAUGGAUGAAGACCAGGUAAUCAAAUCGAAAAGAUUUUUAGUUUUCACAUCUGGAAUUCACUUAAUAGGAAUUUUGCGCAAAUCUUGAGGAAGGUUAAGAUGUCGAUGCAUUAUAUGAGGAUGAAAAAGGUAAUGUGAUCGGGUGGUGCAGAGCAAAUAUCGUGAAGAUUAAUGAGAAAUAUGUGUGGGUCAAAUGCUAUGAAAAUGAAGAGAAGAGGAAGAUUGCUCGAUAUUCGAUGGAUUUGGCACCAUAUAAGAGUAAAGUGACAGAUGAUGAAUGGGAAUGGAGACAUUCUCUUACUGCAGGCGAUAUAAUCGAUUGUUUCGAUAAUCGUGUAUGGUAGAAUGCUACUAUUGUAACUGCUUUCAAUCAAGAGGACAAGGAAUAUGUGGUUGGAUUUAGAGUCUAUGAUGAGAAGGGCAAUUAGUAUGACUCAUAAAACAGGAGAUACUUUGGUUGGAAUCAAUAAUACGAUGAGAGGAUCAAAGCAGUGAGUCCAAGAAUUCAGAAAAGAAAUGCAUUUUCAAGGGGACAGCCAUCUAAUCCUCAUUGUCAAGAGGAAAUCAUCCAUGAUUGCAAUGAUUUCCUCUAUCCCAACACUGAUUAUGCUAUCCCUAGAUUUUAGACCAAGUAGGCUAGAAGAUCAAUUGUUAUUUGUGAAAUGAUCAAUGAAUUUGGUCGAGCUGGAUUAUUUUAAUAUAUAAUGGAUUAAAUUCUCAAUAAAUGCACUAUUGAUUUCCUGCAUAGUUACAUGGUAUUAUUGAAUAAUUUCUAAGAAAUGUUGAACAGAGAAUUAGUUCUAACUUAUAUUCCAUAAUUAUUUGAGGCAGUCUAAAAUAAUAUUUUAUAAUCAGCCGAUAACAAUCUGAGAAACUUUUCAUCUCAGAAAAUAACUGAUAUUCUACAAUCAUUGAGCAAUUUGUUGAAGAGAGUGUUCGCAUUGCAAAAAAGAUAAGAAAUGAUUGACAGAUUGGAUUUGGAUAUUGCAUAUAAAUGUUUUACCAGUGAUUUCUUAGAGAGAAAGAUCCAAGGCUUGAAGGCAAUUUAAGAGUUGAUAAAGAAGACAAAGGAUCAAUACAAUCAAUAUGGAAUGUAGGAAUGGUAGAAACAGGCUGCGAUUCAAAUGAUAUUAGAGUGGCUAAAUGAAAAAAAGAUAUUUGAGAGUCUCUAUGUUGGAUCUGGGAAUUCUCAUUUAGUAUAGAGAAGUGCUGAAUUCUUUAAGUUUUUGAUAGAAGAAAAAAUGAUCAGUAUUAACAGUUUUAAAGAUAUUUGGUAUAGUUUGGAGAAAGCUGAAUAUGAGCACAAAUUAGCCAUCUUUAAAUUAUUUAAAGAUGUUUCAAAUUCAUUAGAGAAGGAGUGGUUAGAUUUCUUGACUGAUGCUGUUUGUAGUAAGGAUCCCAAAGAUGUCACAAAAGAUGAUUUGGAAUUGUUACUUGACAUCAUUAAGAUGAAUUAUAGAUAUAAAGAUGAAUACAUCUAGAAGUGUUGUAAUUACUAUUGGACAGUGUUGAAGGGUGGGUAAUUGAAUCAGACAAUGUUGGAACAAUACAUUUCGUAUUACAUUGAUUAAGUCACACAAUAUGAGAUGAGACCUCACAAAGGAGCCUAGAUCAGUAUGAUAGGAGAGAGUAUUGUGAAUGGAGAACAAGUUAAUGUUGGUUUGAAAGUGUUGAUCAAAUUGAUAGAGAAAUUGAACAUUUAACCUGAGGCUUGGGAAUAAUACACUAGAAAUGUGGCAUUGACAGACUUGGAAAGCAAAUUCAAAAUAGUUGAGGAGAUCAUCAAAUCUAUUCCUGAAUUGAAGAAGUAAAAGGAUUAUUUGGAUGAAAUCAAAAUUCGAAUGCAAUUCAUCCAAUUCUUCUAUUAAAAUAUAAGUACUUAUGAAUAUAGAUUGACAUUUAAUAUCAUCUCAAGUAUAUGGGAAUAAUUGGUUUGUCAAUCAUCAAGUCAACAAGAGAAGGAUCUAGUUUAUAAGUGGUUCAGUGCAUUGUCUACUUAAGAUGGACAAUCUCAAUUGACUUCAAUGGUACCUCUUUAAGAUCUGAAAUCCUUUUUCUAUGAGAAAAUGACAAACGACCUGAUUCAGCUGACUGAAGAGGGAUUUAAUUGUUUUAAGACAGUUAUGACAGCAAUAAACAAAUAAGAUGACAACGGCUUUGGUUUAGAUGUGUUGUGGUAAAUGAUUCUGGAAACAGAGAAUGAGAAGGUGUCUUAAUCAGCAAUAGAUUACUAUCUUUCAUUUGAAAGUACAUUAGACGUGUUAUUCAAUAAAUUACAAGAGAAUAGAAGCAACAAUCAAAAAUUACAUAGAUGUCUAUUAGUGUUGGAGGGAUUCAUAGAUUAAAGUGAGGUGAAUGGAGUAGGCAAUCUCAAGAGUUUGAAUGCUCUAUCCUAAGGAGAAGAAUUAUAAAUCUAAAUAUCAUAUGAACAUGGAAAUUAAAAGAAGUUUACUAUUAAGAUAAACGACAACCAAACUAUUAUUGAGUUGAGAUUGGCAAUAAGCAAAGUCAUUAAAUAACAAUGGGAUUCCAUUGGCUUGAACAGUCUGAAGGGUGAAAUUAAGUUUACUGAAAAUGGCAAAAUGAUCAAAGAUUUAAGAUUAAAAAAAGGGGAAAUCAUCAUGGUCUUCAGAAAGUAAGUUAAGGAGAUACAAGAGGCUAAUCUUUUGGAUGGAGAUAUUUUAUCAGAGGCAGCAAAAUAAGUAUUUGGAGAGAUCUUUAGUGAAUAUUCCACUGAUGGUAAAAUGAGUAAAGAAGAUUGCACCAGAUUUGUUACUGGUUGUACAGGCAAUCCUUGUAGCAUUGAUGAUGCCAAUAUCUAAAGAACAUUCGAAUAAUAUGACAAAGAUAAAGAUUCUAUUCUCACUUUGAGUGAUUUCUUAGACUUCUACACUGAUUCUGCAAGGACCAAGAAAUCAACAGUCUGGCUCAAUCUCCAAACCUUGCAUUAUAGAAAUGAUCUAAUCAGAGGAGAUAGAGUACCUCUGCCCUAAGUGAAUGCGUAGUUAUUGCCCAGAGGAUAAAUUGUGUAGAAUCAAAGGUAUUUGGAUUUGCUCUUUGAACUUUUACAGAAUUCUAGUAAUGAAGUUUAAGAGAAGACUUGGUAUUUAUUGAGAAGGUUGCCUCCCUCCCCUUAAUUGAUCAAGUAGAUGCUCACCUUUGAGAACAUUUAAUAGCCUACCGACUGGGAUCAAAUCCUAGUUAGCAGUCAUUACAGAUUGUUGUACAGUCUAUAUAUCAUUGAGUUCCUGAUGAAUCAAUAUGACUCAAAUAAUUUAUAAGCAUUGAUUGAUGAUCAAGAGAUUCUGGUGUUGAAGGAUAAAUGGAUGAGCAAGUUCUUGUAACUUGGUGGAUUCGAUAAGUUGUUACAAUUCUUUAAAUAAUAUUAAGGCAGGAGUGUGAGUACUUUGCCUCAAAUUGAAAAGGAAAUCUUGUCAUUCCUCUUAAAAACAUUCUAAAACUAUGUGAUUGCUGCUUGCGCUACUAAUGUACCUAAUUUGUAUAGGGCAUCAAGGGGCAUUCAAAUCAUCAAACCUUUGGAUCAAGUGUUACUGGAUAUUAGAUAAUCUGAGGAUCCGGAGGAGUUUAAAUUGUUGGUGUAAAAGUUGAAGGAGAGUCGUCUUGGUGAUAGUAUAACUGAGAAGAUCGAGAAAUUCAUUAGUGUCUUAAUAAACUUAAUUUAAGAGUUACUUAAGAGUAAUGAAUUAGAAUAGGAGGAUCGAUAGAUCAUUGAACAUAGUGUUAUUGUAAUCAUUGUAAUCUUAUUACAUAAUUAAGAAUUACUAACAAAUAGCAUAGAGAAUGUGGAAUUCAUUAAUAUCUUCUUUAGUGGAAUCUUCACUGACAAAUCUGACAGUGUUCGUAAUUUAUUUAGUAGAGCAAUACUGGUGCUUUGUCAUGAAAGUCAGAAACGAAACAAUCAACCUACCAAAAUUAUAUUGUAACAAUUGAUUUCCAUGUAAAAUCAACAAGCUAAUUCAUCCUAAUAUUACGAAUUAUUAAGUCAAUUGAUUGACAGUGCCUUUGAGAGUGAAGACUCUUCACAGUUCAUUGAUUAUCAACAAUUGACACAAUAAGUGCUUGAUGGUCUGAUUAAUCAUAAAAGUGUAGAGACUAGAUAAAAGUCCACAACUGUUGAUAAAGUCCUUAUUGGCCUAUUGAAUUUGUUAACAAAAUUGUACAAAUUCAUUAAACAACCAAUUCAUGACAUCAUAUUCAACGAUUGUUUGUUUAGUCUCUCAGAUGAGAAGGAAAUAAAGUGCAAAUCUACUGAGAGUAGACAAGCUGCAUUCAAGUUGCUCUAUCAACUGUCUAAUCAAUAGAGUAACUGUGAGAACAUUCUAUUGAAUCUUCAAUAGUUGAGUUAGAAGAUUCCUGUUAUAAACAGAUGGAAUUAUAUUCCAGCAAGUGAUAUGAGAAGUUCCUUUGGUUAUUCCGGCAUUAGAAACCUGAGAUGCAUCUGCUAUAUGAAUGCCAUGCUCCAACAGUUUUACAUGACUCUGCCUUUUAGAUAUGGUAUCUUGCAAGCUGAUGAUGGCCAAGAACCCGACAUGUAGUAAAGCAAAACAGGAUUUCAAUUUGAUGACAACGUCCUUCAUCAAUUACAAUAGAUGUUCAGUUAUUUAGAGUUAUCUGAUCGCGUUGAUUAUAAUCCUUAGGAGUUCUGUGCAGCAUUCAAGGAUUAUGCAGGCGAACCUGUCAACAUCUUUAUUUAAUAGGACGCAUAAGAGUUUUUGAAUAUGAUAUUUGAUAAAUUGGAGAAUCUCCUAAAGAACACUGUGUAUAAGAAUAUCUUGGAUGGAGUUUUUGGAGGCAAAACUUGUACAUAAAUUGAAUGUUAGAAUUGCAAAUCCAUAAAAAACAAGGAUGAAAUCUUUUAUAAUUUAUCAGUUCCUAUAAAGAACCUCAAAAAUCUUUAGGAAUGUUUUGAUAAGUUUGUUUAGGGGGAAAUCAUCUCAGAUUUCAAAUGUGAAAGUUGCAAUCAGAAGGUUGAUGUGAGUAAGAGGUAAUUGCUAGCUUAAUUGCCAAAUGUUUUGAUAGUGCACUUGCAAAGAAUUGUGUUCAAUUUGGAUACAUUUAUGAAUGAAAAAAUCAAUUCUCGUUUGGAAUUCCCCAUCAAUUUGGAUUUAGCUCAAUACACAAUUAAUUAAGAUCAAUGUACACAAUAUAAAUUGGUUGGUAUCGUAGUUCACUUGGGAACUGCAGAUGUCGGACAUUAUUUUAGUUAUAUUGAUAUAAAAAAUCAAGAUUAAUGGUUGGAAUUCAAUGAUCAUAAGAUAAAGGAAUUUAAAUUGAAACAAAUGGAGAAUGAAUGUUUUGGAGGCUAAUCGAAUUUAGAAUACAAUGACAAUGACGUUUGGGGCAAUGGUUUCAGAGAGAACUCCUAAAGUGCUUAUAUGUUAAUCUAUGAGAAGGUCGAAAAGGACAAAAUCAAAUUGGAAUUCAACUCCUAAGAAGAAUUGCAGAAGUCAUUGUCCAAAUUUGACAAUUACACUAUUUAAUCCAAUAAUGAGUUAUUAGUGGAUUACAAUUCGUUCAAAUAAUAUAUACCAGCUUAAUAUCAUAAAAAAGUGAAUAGCGAUAACUAAUAGUUUUUAUUAGAGAGGAAUCUUUUCAAUACAGAAUUUAUGAAGUUCAUUUUAGACUUGAGUGAUUUUGUGAAUAGUGACAAUGCAAAUGUGAUAAUAGAAAUUCUCAUUCGAUUCAACUAUGAUCUAUUGGCUCGUUCUUAUGAUAACUCAAUUUCAGAACACUUUAAUACAAAGAUCAUAUAAUUAAUCCAAUAAUAUCCAAAUAGCAAUUAUCUUGAUUUGAUAUACUUUGGCAAAUAAACUAAGGUUUAGGAUCUACUACUCGUUUGUCCAGAAUCCAGAACUCGUAAAUACUUCGGCAAAUUGUUGUCUACAUUAUUCAAUCAAGCAAUUCAAAUUCAAGGGGAAAUCACAGAGAAAAUAGCAGAAGGUUUGGAUUAAUUGUUCUUAAUGCUCUAAGAUCAAGUACCCAAGAAUUGGACUCGCUUUGAUUAGUAUUUCCAAUUCUGGUUAGACUUUCUAUAGGAAGGCAAACUCUAAAUGCAAUAUUGUUUGGAAAAGGAUAUGAUUCUGUAUAUGAUUGAUUUCAUUCUUGACAAGAGCAGUCCAUUGUAAUUGUAUGAAAAGAAAACUUAAAUGGGAAAUGCUUACUUCCCUAUCAACUGUUAGAUUCCUAUGCAAAUUAUCAGCACUCUCCUUUAAUAAAAUCAUCAACUCACUCUUCAAGAGAAGAAAUUGCUCUAUUCGCCUAAGUUCUAUGACAAGGCUCUGAAGAGUGCUAAAAUUGAGGAACUGACACCAAUCAUCCUGAAAUUCGCAUACAAUAACAGAUAUUUCUCAGAAAUAAUAACUGGUUGCAUUAUGAGAGGACUUGGAAGUGGUGAUUCUGAUGAAUUCAAAAACUACCUCUAAAUAGCCAAACCUUUCUUAUUGAUUAAGGACAAUCUUCAGAUUGAGCGAUUAGAAUGGUUAGUGGGAAUCCCUUCGUCGAAACAGAAGGAAUCAGCUAAAGUGUAUGAUAGUUAAUUCGUUGAGUAUCCACAAUUCGGUCUUUAUGGAUUAACAAGUCUAGAGGAAGAUUAUUGGACAUUUUCGAGUCCAUUGGGAUGGUAAAAUAGUCUCUUUGAUCAGUUCUGUUCUAAUAGAACAACUAAGAAUUUGGAUAAUCAAUGUUUACUCAUCCUCAAAUUAUUAUUGAUGAUUAGUCUUGAAUGUGAGACCUGCUUUGAUUACAUCUCCAAACUGCCUUGUGUUAAUUAUCAAUAUGUACAUAUUAUCAUUAAUUUUAUAGAAAUACAUGGAGGAGAUCUUCAAAGCCUUCAUUGAAGCCUACAUCGUAGAUACCAAAAGAUUCUAUUCUGCAUUUCCUCGAAAACAAGAAACUGAAGAAACUAAGAGUUAUUUGGAUUAGUAUUGCAAUAAGCUGUCUUAAAUUCGCAAUGAAUUUUAGCCUCAAUUCGAUUACAUAAUUGGCAAAUCUAUUGAGGUGACCAGAGUCAGAAGAACUUAUUUCUUGUACAAUCCCUGUACCAAGGAGGAGAUGCAAAUAGAUGAAGGAUCUGAAGGAUUCGAUGAAAUCAAACAGUAAAUUGAAGAGGGCAAUCAACACAAAGUUCUUACUAUGGAAGUAAUUUAUGACAUUUAAACUUAUUAAAGGAGAAAAUAUACAAAACUCAUGUUUGUGACAAUUUGCCAAAUGGAACCACUAACGAGGCCUUGCCAGCAUAAUAUGUCAAAGGGACAUAAAUUCAUAAUUAUUCUGUGGAUCCUAAUUGUUAGGCUGCAAAUUUCAUUCAAUCGAAAGCCUGGAGUGCCGAUAGUGAUGACAAGGCCACAGUGACUAACCCAAGAAUUGCUGAUACUGUUAAAUAGAUUUAACUCCAGAAUCACACUAAUAGAAAUUUACAUGUUAUCUUAGAGAUCAAAGGUGAACCCAAUCCUUGCCAUUACAUUCCCAAAUCAAAAAUCUAAUCACUUAUGAGUUCUAAGAGUUCGACCACAAUGUUAACAGCAAUUAAAUACAAUUGUAAUUAAGAAUUCCCUCCUCUGCAAUUGACAUUGGUGCAUAAAAAAUAAGAACCUAGACAAGACUCUUACCUAUAUUUAUCGUCUUAAGAUGAAAUGAAUUUGGAAUUAUUAUGA